AUGUCUUCUCUCCCCCCCGUUUACAUUGUCUCGGCUGCCCGCACGCCCACGGGUAUGUUCCUUGGCUCCCUCUCGAGUCUGAGCGCUAUCCAGCUCGGUUCCCAUGCCAUCAAGGCUGCCGUUGACCGCGCCGGCCUGAAGCCUGAGGAUGUUGAGGAGGUCUUUGUUGGCAAUGUCCUCUCCGCAAAUCUCGGCCAGAACCCUGCUCGCCAGUGUGCCAUUGGCGCUGGUCUGCCCGAGUCGACCGUUUCCACCACCAUCAACAAGGUGUGCGCCUCCUCGAUCAAGUCCAUUAUCGUUGGCGCGCAAACCAUUAUCACUGGUAAUGCCGACAUUGUUGUCGCUGCCGGUACUGAGAGCAUGUCCAACACCCCUCACUACCUCCCCGUCCUGAGGACUGGCGCCAAGUUCGGUGACCAGACACUGGUCGAUGGUGUCCUGAAGGACGGUCUUACCGACGCAUACAAGAAGGAGCACAUGGGCUUGCAGGGUGAGGAGUGCGCCGACGACCACGGCUUCACUCGUGAGGACCAGGACGAGUACUGCAUCCGCUCCUACAAGAAAGCCAUCGCUGCGACCGAGGCUGGCAAGUUCACCUCGGAGAUCGCCCCCAUUGAGGUUCCUCAGGGACGCGGCAAGCCCCCUGUCACUGUCUCCGUUGACGACGAGCCCAAGAACUUCAACGAGUCCAAGACCCGCACACUCCGCUCUUCUUUCAAGAAAGACGGAACCGUCACCGCCGCCAACGCGUCUCCUCUGUCUGACGGCGCCGCCGCCCUCGUCCUCGCCUCGGAGGAGGCUGUCAAGAAGCACGGCCUGAAGCCCAUUGGCAAGAUCCUUGGCUGGGGUGACGCGGAGCAGAACCCCUCCAAGUUUACCACUGCCCCUGCUCUGGCUAUGCCCAAGGCUCUGAAGCACGCCAAGGUUGACAUCUCUGCCGUCGAUGCUUUCGAGAUCAACGAGGCUUUCAGCGUUGUUGCGCUGUCCAACAUGAAGAUCCUCGGCAUCAACGAGGACAAGGUCAACCUCCACGGAGGUGCUGUUGCUCUUGGCCACGCCCUUGGCGCCUCCGGCGCCAGGAUCACAACUACCCUGCUCGGUGUCCUCAAGGAGAAGAAGGGCAAGGUUGGUUGCGCUGGUAUUUGCAACGGUGGAGGCGGUGCCUCAGCCAUCGUUAUCGAGUCGCUGCAGUAG